AUGAAUCUACAAUCUGAUGCAGAAUUAGCUCGUAAAAUUUAUCGACAAUUAAACCAACAGCAGGAUUUUAAACAUUUUCCUACUUUCCAGAACUAUGAUGCAGCCAAUAAUGUGCGCAGCGCUGAUCUCAACUCAACACAAAACCUCGUUAGUGAGGAGUGGGAACUGCGUGACCCAACGCCGGAUGUCCAGUCACUUUUCAAACGCUUUGAUGAACGGUUUUUCAAGAACAAACUACAGUGUGUGACACUUGAAUGGAGCAAAAAAAUGUACAGCUGCGCUGGAAUUUGCUAUCAACGAUCUAAUAAAUUUGGAAAAGAAUGCAAAAUCCGGUUGAGUGAACCCCUGCUAAAAUUACGGUCUAGAAAGGAUUUGAUAGAAACUCUUCUUCACGAGAUGAUACAUGCAUACUGUUUCGUCCAAGGAAUUCGAGAGGGCAAUGGAGGACAUGGACCAACUUUCAUUAGUAUCAUGCGGAGUAUAAACAAGAUAACUGGCACAAAUAUUACCGUUUACCAUACUUUCUAUAAUGAGGUGAAUGCAUAUAAGACUCACAUCUGGCGCUGUAAUGGGAUUUGCCAACAUCGGCGACCUUUUUAUGGCUAUGUGAAGCGAACAUGUAAUCGUGCUCCUGGGCCUACAGACUACUGGUGGAUGGGUCAUAAACAAUCUUGUGGAGGAUACUUUGAAAAAAUAGGCGAACCUGAAAAGCCACAAAAGAAAACAUCUGGGAAGAAAGUUUAUGUACUUGAAAACAAGGAUAUUAGGUCCUUUUUUCCAACUUUUCCACAAAAAUCGCCAAAACCGAAAGAUGAUUCUGAAAGUGUGAGGGCAAAUGUGCGAAAUGCAUGGCAAAAAAAGUCCCAAUCAAAUGAAAUCAAAACAAGUCCCAAUCAAAUGGACCAGUCAUUACAUAAAAAAACUUCAAAAGCACAUUCAUCACAGAACUGGAAUCAAAUAGACGAAGAUGUCUUCAUUGAAAAUGUAAAAAUUCCUGUGAUAAAUCUUGAUGAUACAUUAGAAGUUGAUGGUAAACAUCUUACUCCUCUGGAGCGCCAAAAUCAAAUCAAGGAGGAAAUAUUAGAGUCAAGCCAAGAUUCCAGUGAUAUAAUUGAACUUAUUGAUGAUGAAUUCGACGACGAAGAUUUAACGACCAUCAAUACUGUUUUGGAUGAAUCCGUGAUAGAAGAUCUUUUUGGGAAAGACACUUUAAUGGAUGAAUUCAAUCAACGAAAUUGCUCCAACCACGAAGAAAUCGAUAAGUCCUCUGAUUUGAUUACAUGCCCUGUGUGUGAGCUUUAUCUACCACGAGAUGUAAUGUCCAGUCAUAUGGAAGGAUGCCUGGGAAUCAUUGAACACGUUAAGCUCAGACAAAAAUGUGCAGAACAAUCAAGCUCAAAACGGCGCAAGAUUUCGUCUCUUACGAGCACUUCUUCCAGUAGUCGAAAUGAUUCGCAUGGUACAGGUGUAAAAAAAAAUUCUGAUUACGCGAUUACUCUUCCCAACUAUUCUCUGGUUUCCUGUCCUGUAUGCAACAAGUUCCUGCCAGAAAGUAGAAUUAAUGAUCAUUUGGAUACGUGUUUGAUAAAAGAAAAUACUCAUUAAAAAAAAAAGAUUUUAUUUAAAAGAUAAAAUUAUAUUUUCGCUGAGUUUCCAAGAAAUCCAUUCAAGUUUAAUGUAAAUUUACUAUAUGAAAUUUGAAUUUAAUAAAAAUUUUUCUUCUGUA